AUGGCUACUAACGAGUUCAAGUUCACAAGAGACGACCGGAUCGUCCUAGUCAUGGGACCUUCCGGAGUCGGAAAAACCACGUUUAUCAACUACGCAACCCAGCGCAGUGGGAGAGUGAACCAUUCGCUGCAGUCAGAUACGGCCGACCUCAGGUUCUCUCGGAUAGAACAGAGAAGCAGUUCAAUUUCACCACCUCUAUCUCUCGUCUUCGUUGACACACCAGGCUUUGAUGACGCGAACAAGUCUGACAUCGAGAUUUUGACAAUGAUUGCGGAGUUUCUUGUGAAAGCUCAUCACCUCCAGCUCCAGCUCGAGUCAAUCCUCUACCUGCAUCGAAUUACGGACAAGCGAAUGUCGGGCGCGCCACUACGCAACCUCGAAUUGUUCGCCAGUCUCUGCGGCAAUAUUGCGAUGCCCAGAGUCGUCCUCGUCACAACAAUGUGGAGACAUGUCGACCCAAAGGUCGGGCGUGACCGAGAGGACGAACUCAAAAGCCACUUUUGGAAGUCGAUGAUCGAGAAGGGAUGCAGAGUUGAGCGUUUCAACGAUACACAUGGGUCUGCGAUCUUCAUUAGCACGGGGAGUGAUCCAGGAAGAGAGGUGCUCAUCUCGUCGGAGAUGGUCGAGAAGCGUCGGUCACUCAAGGAAACUCAGGCAGGAACGACGUUGAAGAAGCAGUUGGAUACAAUGAUAAGGGACAAAAAGGAGGCCAACCGUCGUCUUAAGCACCUACUAGCAUCGUCCUCUGUCCAGCGAGACGAAAGCCAUGUCCGAGACACUUGGGAGAUGGAGCUGCACAGAGUCGACGGGGACAUCCAAGAGGCGACUGAGCGUAUGCGGCGACUCAAUCUGCCUCUUCCCGUGGCUAUUAUGCGACGGUUCAGCAAGUCGCAAGCACCGGCUGUUCCAAGCGAUUAA